GUGGCGAGUGCACACUGCACAGUGCACGUACUACGUUGCUCGUAGCUCGUAUGUACGUUGAACGUUGUCGUCGUCGUCGUCGUUGUCAUUGCAUCAUUCGAAUCGUCGGUGAUAAUCGUCGCCGCCGUGAUUCUUCAUCGAAAUUUCGAAAGAGAUUAUAUUAAUAUUAUAAUACAUUUAUUGUUAUUGCUUAUUAUUAUUUACGUAUUUAGUUUUUACACACAUUUGUGCGUAGGAAAUCCAUAAAAAUUUUAUUAUUAAUGUAAUGUAAAUAUGUAAAUAGUCAAUUCAAAUAAAUUACAGCCUGCAGCGAACAAGUAACGAUGACGCGGCGGCGUGCAUACAAUAAUUUUAUAAUAAUUAUCACUGUCGUCGACGUCGUCGUUAAGUGAUCUCUCGUUAUCUUUUCUUCUUUCGUCGUAUGCUGACUGACAUUCCGCGUUACGGCCGUUAUUAUAACGCUUGUGACGCAGUAAAUUUGUCCUAGAAUUCUGGUCUCUAACGACGUCAGACAAUCUGCAACCGUGUUGGACCAAUUCCAGGUCCAUAUUGAUCAAGACUGAAUUAAUAUUUAUGAAUGUUGAAACAAAUUUAGUCAUGGCAAUUAAGUACAACCUUGUUAGAGUUGUAUUUCAUGUCAAGAAACCAAAUCAAUUCUUUUUAAUCUAGUCCAUUUAAAUACUUUACAAAUAUCAAUAUAAAUAAUCCAUCUACAUAGUUAUGUGAUUUUUUUAUUAUGUUUACUUAUACAGUAUAAAAAAUGCCCAGAAGACCAUUGACAGAUGAACAACGAGAACAAUCCAGAAAACGUCGCCUAGAACGUGACCGUGAACGACAACGAAAAAGACGGUUAGAUCCAGAAUUGAGAGCUAUUGAGCGAGGAAAAAACACGAUUGCUAAAAGAAUAUCUAGAUCUAAAGGCCUUUAUAAUGAUAAUAUUGAUAAAUUAUAUUCAGAAGCUAAUAUCGAUUGUAGUAAAAUGACAUUGUUAGAUAAUGUGAAUAUUGUGGAUUUAGAAGAUCUGAACCGUAUAAAAAAAGAAAGAGAUAAAGAAAGACAACGUCAAAGAAGAAUGGAUCCUGAAUUCCGUGCUAAAGAACGUGCAAGAAAUAGAGUAUUAAAAAGGAUUGCUCGACAAAAAAGUUAUUAUACUCUGGAGGUAGUAAAUUGUGAAUGCUGUGGAGAACCAAUAGAAAGUGACCAUGUAUGUUUCUCCAACAUAUUAUCAGUCGAACUCCACGAAAUUGAUGUUACCAAUAGUACCAUAAAAAAGUCAUGAAUGGUACUAUGAAUGAUUGCUAACAUUAUUUUUAUUUUUUUUCAACAUUUUAAGUUUUAUUUUCCACUCAAUUUUUUUUUUUUUUUUUAAUUUCUUCAAACAUUUAAUUUUAAAAUUAAAACUUGAAAUUACUGUUUUAUUUUGUUUUAAUAAUUAUUUAAUAUGUAUUAUACAAGUAUGUGUGUAUUGAGUUUAAAUGAAACUAUGUGAUAUCACACCAAAGACUUAAAUAUUAUUUUUCAGAUAAUUAAUUAUAUCUGUAUAUGUUUUGUUAUAAAUAGAUUAACUUAUAACAGCUUAAAUGUUUUUGUUAACAUUAUGCCACUUUAUUACUGUUAACUAUUAAACAAUUAUUGUAACUAGAUAUUUGGACGUUAAUAACUUAAAAUUACAUUUAUUAUUGUUUAAAUUAAUUAUUCUUUAACAGUUAAACAUGUUGACUGCAUUCUGGCGUCUAUUGACAUCCUUAAGAUCAUUCAAUGCCAUUUGGUGUCAAGUAUUCAUUUGAGAAGUGUUGCUGAACUUUGUUUAAUAAUUAAUUAGUGCAGAUAAUAAAUAGAUAUUUUAAAAUAUGUAUUCAUAUGCCAUUCACUAGCAAUACCAUUUAUUACAAGACUAGUUUCUAUUUAUUGAAUUGAAUUUAUUAUUUGUGUCUUUUGGAGCAGUGACGUAAUUUGGUAAUGUUUGUGUUUAGGGGAAGUAGGAAAGGGACAAAGAAUGAAAUUUUUUAUAUUUUACCUAUUACUUCACAAAAAUAAUUCAUGUGUGCCAUAAGCAUCUCUCAACAUAACCUUUGUGAUAUACUGAUAUGUAUAAAUAAGAACACAUAUAAAAAAAUAAUAAUGUAUGUACAUAUAGAAAAAAAUAAAUAGCUGCAUUAUAUUUAAAUAAUCACUUAUAAUUAAUAUAAUUCUAUAUUAUACAUAUGGUAUUGCUUAUGAGUUAUGACUAUGAGUAUCGUUGCUCUGUAAUAAAAUAGUACUGAACCAUUCAGUGGUUUAUUUUUGUACCGCAAUACAUCAUAAUAUAAUAUAUUUGUUGUAUUGUGUUAUUACAAAGUAGUAUUAUUUUAGUUGUAUGUACAAUUAGCUUAGAGGAUUUGGGGUUUUCUUUAUGACAUACAUCAAAUAUACUAUAGUACCAUUAAAUAAGUACUCGUGGUAUGCCAGUCUUUAAAAAAUAGUCAUGAGAUAUGAUGGAGGAAUUAGAGGAUACACAUUCAAAUCCCCUCCCCUCAUAAUUAUACUACUGCACUGGAAUGAGAAUCACUUAAAGACCUACAGUCAAUGUGUUGGUCAAAAGUAAAAGAAUGCCCAUGGAUAUAUUCCUAAUUUAAGAAAAAUUAAGGAAAUUAAAAAUAGGAAUUACAGUUUAUUUUAUAAAUUUUACAACAAUAAUUUUUUAUUUUUAUUAAAUAAUUUAUUUAAAAAACUUAAGAGUUUUUAAUAUUGCAUCAUAACUUAAAUUUUAAUGUCCAAAUUCUAGAUAACAUGGCUAUUUCAAAAUGUUUAUAAAUAUUGUUUGUUAUGUAUAAUUUAAUUUUUUUUUUUUUUUUUUUUUUUUUUUUUUUAAUACACCCGCGGCAACUUAGGCCAUUGGGGAUGGAUUAGGUUUUUUAAUCGGUUAUUACUGUAAGGUUGGGAACGGUAGGGAGAAACACGUGUGUGUGUUGUGGCAGAAUUUCUAAUGGGGCACCCGUAGGUUUCUGCCAUGCCCCGGGGUGGGGGAUGGCGGCACUUAUUCUCCGGACACCGUGACUUGCCCGAAGAAAAAUGCCACCCGGUGACCGCGGAUCGAACCAGCGACCGGCUGCGCCGCAACCGA